GUUCUGCUUAGCGGGAGCUUCGGUACCCGAGGCCGCUGAGACUGGUGCUGGUUAGCACAUCUCUUUAGUGCCACACCCACUAACGCUUCGUACCUCUCAGCCCCUAGGUAUCAGCCGCCCAGCUCAGUGCCCGCGCAGAUUCAUUUCGCUCCAGCACUAUGUCGGCCCACGGCGGAGGCUGUCAAAGCUCCCAGGCACCUCGAGCGAGCCAUUAGCCAAUCAGAACCGCCGCCAGUGGGGACCUGUGCUCUGGGACGGGACGACAGUCGAAAAAAUUCCCGGGGUUCAUCAUUCUUCGACGACAAAAGCCACCAGCCAGCCAGCCAGCCAGCAGCAGCACAUCGCUAAGAGAGUUGCCCAAUUUGACGCGCCCGUCUUCUCCCUUCCCAAGCUCCUUCUCCUCGCAAACCCACCACCUCCAAUCCGGCCAGAAAAAAAGAAAAAAAGGGGCACCAUCAUGUCGCUCUCGUGCCGGUACGCAGCCCAGUGCUGCGCGCGCCAGCUCCGAACCGUCACCUCCACCACACCACACGUCCGCAUCGUCCUGGCCUCGGCGCGGCGGUACAACUCGACCGAGGCAGCAGCAGCAGCUGCUGUUGCGAGCAGUCCCAAGAUCUCCACCAUCGUCGACCAGAUCAGCCAAUUAACGCUGCUCGAGACGUCGGAGCUGGUCGCGAGCUUGAAGUCGCGACUCAACAUCCCCGACCUGCCGGUAGGCGGCUUCGCGGCGGGGCCUGGCGCCGGCGGCCCAGCGACGGCAGCAACACCGGUGGAGGAGGAGGAGGCGGCGCCGGCGCCGGCGGAGAAGACGCUGUUCGCUAUCAAGCUGAUGGGUUUCGAGGCCGGGGCCAAGCCCAAGGUGAUCAAGGAGGUCAAGGGCCUGCUGGGGCUCAGCCUGGUCGAGUCUAAGAAGUUUGUCGAGAGCGCGCCCAAGGUAAUGAAGGAGUCGGUGCCCAAGGAGGAGGCCGAGAAGAUUGUCGCCACCAUGAAGGAGCUCGGCGCCACCGUCGUCAUGGAGUGAGUGAGUUAAGCUGUGUCGUGCUCCCUUGAUGGGGAGGGCAUCCAGGCUCGGCCCCGCUUGCAUGUACAAAAAACUGAAAUAAAAACAUGUAACAUUACUAUUACUCAAUAUAU